UGCAUUUGUUUUUUUAUGGCUUGAUUCUUCUGAUUACACAAGAAUAUUGUUGUGAAAAUGCUGAACAGACUGAGUCGUCAGGUGUAAAUACAAAAUGUGUACAAAUUAAAACAAUACAAUGCAGCUCAGAUUUGGACUAAGUCAACAACAAUGCUGAUAUAUCAGUGAUACUAAAGCAGUACUAAAUACUAUAGAGUUGAGAAAGUGUGAAUGGAUUUGCGAGCAACAACAAAAUUAAAAGAACAAAAUAAAAAGAAAGUAAUAUUAAAAUCAGCAACCUGUCGGGCAAACCACCACCGUCGUCACCUCCUGCUCCUCCAGCACUGACCAGGAUAACAAGAAGAAACGGAAACGAGACAUCAACAUGACCCGAUUUCGCAUCAAAAAUCUGAAAAUUCUCUCGUGUUGCCUCAGUGUUUGGGUCACUUUGCUCGGUUGCGCCCUUCACCUAGCCAGGUGCAGUGAGUUUCCCGAGCGGGAAUGCUGCGAUUUGACAACCACCUCGACGGUGGGUCCGCUGCCAUUGCCACCACCGGCCCAACCCACCGACAAGUCAUUAUCAUCGGCCACCACAGCCCUGGAAACAGAUCUCAAUCUAACAAUCGGACGAUCCGGUUCGACCAUCAAAGGUGUCGUUGCCAUUUUGAAUUGCAUUUUGGCGCGUCAAUUAUGCUUCGAGGAUCCCUCAUGUUCGGCAAUAUUGGAAAUUAUUCCCCGUGUGUGUGGACCCAUACCAGUGUCCUGCAGUACGGUGACGGUAACAAAAUGCCAAGCCGCACUCCGCACUUUGCAGGCGUUUCAAUUCUUUCGCCCCACCUGCCUGUGCAAGGAGCCCGGCAUGGAUCCCGAUUGCAAUCAUUUUCGGGAUUUUCUGUUCGACCAUCCUUGCGGAUUUGUGCUCAAGAAAGCUGAAAAGGAUCCGUAUCCCAUUGAUGCUCUGCCCACUUGUAAUCAUGCUCUCUCCGUUUGCCAGCAGGAGCGCAAGUGUUUGAAGCUCUUCGAGGAUUUCAAGACGCACUGCAAGGUGCGCGACAAUAAAUGCAAAAUGGAAAACAGGGAUGCCUGUCAUGAUGCCUGGACCAAUUUACGCUUGUCGCCCAUGUUUGGCUGCAUCUGUCCAAAUAACCAUAUGAAAAAGCGCUGUGAUCGUAUCUUUAAUAUUGUUAAUCACAAUCCGUGUGUGGAUAGAAUAAUAUUUUUUCCCAACGGUUUGCCCAAACUGAAACCAAAGCCAAAAACGAAGCUGAAAUCACGGCGCAAACAGAAACAAAAGCACGCAGGACAUCACAACGGACAGCAUCCUUUCAAUGGCACCGAGCUGUUAUCCAACAACAUUGAGUACCAAUACCAUGAUGAGCCCAACAAUGAGCACAGAUUGAAUCGAGAGGAGGAACAGGAGCAGGAGCAGGAGGAGGCGGAGGAAGACGAUGAUGAUGAUGAGGAUACGGAUGAUGAUGACUAUGACGAUCGCAUAAGAGCGGAAAUUUAUUCAAAUUAUCCGCAUUAUUUGCAUCCACCAUCGUGGGGCAUUAACAAUCCUUUGGUGCUUGCCUCGCACAGUCCGCAUACUUCUGAGGAUGAUGAUGAUGUGAUUGUUGAGGUUCCCACCUCGUUGCACCAUGGCCACAAGACACAGCAGCAAGCAGCAGCAAAUGUGGCCGAUGAUGUUGUUGUUGUGGUCGAUGCGGGUCCGGCUCAAAAUCAGCACACACACACGCAUCCACACACGCACACCUACUACUCGCAUGGUGUGGAGCCAUCGACCACGAUGGGACCAACAACGACAACUCGCACCUCUAAUUCACCUAACACUGGCACCAACUUGCACCAAACAGCAUAUCUAGGCGAUUUAGUCGCCGGUAGCGAUAUAACCCACCGCACCCACUCCGCACCCACUGGCAACAUGGAUGAGAGGGUAAGAAUAUUGGGCAUGGACGAGAAAUUACAUCAGAGAAUCUUCGAUGAUAAUUUGUCGCUGAUUGAUACGCCAUUGAUAGCGGCGAUGGGCGGCGCGGCAAGCGGCAGCUAUAAUUAUCCGGGCUCGGUGUCCAACACACAGCUGCACGGCGUACUCAGCUAUCCGUUCAAUAUAAGCGGCUUUCAUCAGCGCCACAUGGCGGCAGCAGCCGGCGCCGGAAAUGAGUCGCCAUUUGAUAUCGUUGAUACGGGCUAUGGCUACGCCGGCAAUGCCAAUGCCAAUGGCAAUGGCAACGGAAACGGAAAUACCGGUGUUUACUAUCAAAGUGGUCAGGAUGUUGAAGUUGACCUCUCAACGGAAAUAAUCAAGCAACACUUUCAGAGUACCUGCCACACAGCACUGGAUAGCUGCCGUGAGGAUCCCGGCUGCUCAACAUCAUUGCAGCCGAUGCUGAUGCAUUGUGAGCUGCAUCGCUGUAAUCGUAAUGCGUGCAUGACAUCAUUGCAGUCAUUCUACAAAGGACCACACGAGGACCUCAAUCUGGACAUUGCCUUUUGUCUAUGCAAAAAAUCCACUAGCAGCAACAACAAUAAUAAUAGUCCCAGCCAGCAGAAUGGCAAUCGGCAUGACAUGUGCAUGAUUGCACAGGAAAAACUGCAUCCCGUCUGCGCACAGAGGCCACCCGAUAGCAAUAAUCCCGCCAGCUCCAAUGGCAUUUAUUACCAUCCGCCGCCAGCUUGCCACGUUGUGGCAGACAGCUGCAAGGAGGAUCGCGAGUGCAGACUUAAGUUGGAGUACUACGAGCAGGCCUGUGCCGUGGACAGUGUGACGAAGAAGUGUGCCGGCCGCCCGAGCGGCUGUCGGACUGCAAUGAUUGGCAUAUUGGGCACCAUGCUGCGGACCACAUGCGCCUGCCAGAACACGGAUACCCAGCAUCUCUACCAGUGCGUCGGGUGGCGACGUCUGCUUUGGAUGAAUCCCUGUGUGGUUGAGGCACAAAAGGAUUUUCAUAUGAAGCGUUUGGCCGAAUUGGGUUUCCUAACAACGACGACGACGACAACAACAACAACAACGACGACGACGACAACAACGCGUGCACCACCAGUAACAGCACCACCUGCACCACCACCGAAACCGACGACGACAACAACAACAACAACAAACAGCUUGCAAACGAAGCAGACGCCAAGGAAACCAGCAACGCAUAUCUUCAAGGCAAAGGAGAAAUCGGAGCCAGCAUCUGUGGAACACAAUUAUCUCGAUCCGCCCGAUUCGGUGCCGUUGCACAGCGGAAACGAUGCCAGCGGAAAUGGCGGAAAUGACGAUUAUCAUGGCGGCAAUGAACACGACAAUAAUCACGGCAAGACCCAUCCACAUGGACACGGAAACGGAAAUGGCAAUGGGAAUGGGGGGAAUGGGAAUGGGAAUGGAAAUCGACGGCAGAACAGCAACAACAACAACAAUAAAAAUGGUGGCCUUGGCAGGCAGGGCGUAGAUUUCGAUGAUCCGGUAAUUUUUGUUGACCAAAUGGAAACAACAGAAUUUGUGCACAGCAUCAGCCACACAGAACCGACAACCACAACGACCACAACAAUGCUGACCACAACAACAACCCAGCCGCCAAGAAACUGCGUGGUGCAGCGACCUCAUCAGAGUGAUCAAUUAAUACGCGAAGGCAGCAGCAAAAGGAUCUACUCAUUGGACGAUGCCGAAUGCAGCGAACUGUGCAGCUGUGGCGACUCCCUCACCCUCACCUGCCACGCCCUCUGCGUCCCCUUCGCUCCCUGCCGCACAGCGCUGGCAUUCUACAGUCACGCUUCGCCGGCUUAUCAGGCGUUUCGUGGCCGUUGCCUCUGCUACUCGGGACGUUUCAUCUGCAUGAAGCCGCCGCUCGGGGACUACAUUCUGCCAGGUGGAAUCUUUCUGCUGUUGGGUUACAGUGCCGCAGACGAGGCCCUAUUGCGACCCCAUACCAAUCUGGGGGUCCAAGAUGCUGUGCGUGCUUUGCAACAAUACGUGACAACCUACAUCAAUAAUCAGACCCAGUGCACACUGACGCUGUUCAAUAUGACCGAGGAGAACAUAAUAAUUGCCGCUCGGCUGCCACACGAUGGCAAAUUGAAGGACAUUGAACUGCUUCGCAGGGAAAAGGAUGAAUGCACCGCGAUACUGAAGACGAUCAGUCACCAUAUCAACACCGAGCACAAUGAGCUCCAAUCCCACCGACUGUUGAGCAUUUUCAAAAUGUCCGAGGUGGAUGUUGUCUGGCCGGAAAGUACGAGUGCCGCUCGAAGUGGCCAGACAGCAGCAGGCAAUCGCCUGUUAUCGCUGCUCCUGCUCCUGGCCCUGACAGUCACCGUCCAUUGUGCGUCCGCGCUGCGUAUGAGUAAUGUUUUUGCGAUGACGUCGACAACAUGACAAAGCAGUUGAAACUGCAACGGAAAUUGUAUGUAGCUUAACUUGUAAGGUGAUUGCUGGGUUUGGGAUUCUGGGGUACACAAAAUGUGGCAUUUUGGAGCUGUGAGCGGUGCUCACUAAAUACGAUGAUAAACUAACGUAAAAAUACUUAUAUACAUAGCGCACAUAGGAAAAGCAAAA